AUGGAAGAGAGUCAUAACCCUAAUUCCUGGUCGGAGCUCCCUACAGAUCUCCUCAUUUCGCUGUUGGAACACCUAAGCUUUACUGAUUUCCUACGAGCUAAAUCCGUAUGUCGUUCUUGGUACUCCGCUUCCAGACAAUGCAUGCCCAAAAAUAAUCACACCCCUUGGCUGCUUCUUUUCUCCGAAAAUAACAACAACAACGGUUGUUGCACCUUAUUUAAUCCCGAGGAAAAAAACAAACUCUACAAGACGCAAGAUCUUGAUUUGGAACGCCCAAGCCUUUUUUGUUUAAAAACCUCUGGAAGUUGGCUCUUGAUGCAAAAUCGUUUCAAUAAUCUCUACGUUGUGAAUCUCUUCACCAAGGAAAGGAUCAAUCUACCUCCUGUGGAGUCACAAGUUGGUACGACAAAGUUGGAGCGGGGUGCAGUUGAUUUUUUUCGCAUUACACUUCCUGACGGAAGUAAGCCGGUCAAAUCUAUGCGCAUACGAUCCCCUGUGUUUUGGAUUGACGAGAAAACCAAAGAUUAUGUAGUUGCAUGGGGACUUGGACCAUGUUGUGUCGUGUAUUCCAAGAAAGGAGACAACUCGUGGUUACAAAUCCCUGAAGCUUUGGAUUGUUUUGACAUGGUUUACAAAGACCACAAGCUUUACUUCUUAAGUGAAUCCCGUGAUUUUAUAAUCUUUGAUUUUUCAGGAGAGGCUCCGCAACAAUGCUUUUGGGUUAGAUGUGUUUAUGUCGAAAGAUUUUAUACGUCGGGUCCACGACGUCCUCAUCCAAGUAACAAAAAGAGGCUUAGUUCCACAAAGCUUGUAGUCACAGUGAGUGGAGAUGUCCUCAAGGUUGAAACAUUCGUUAGAUCUUUGUCGAGGAUCUGGUCCUUCCGUAUCUUUAAAGUUUGUUCAUCAGGGUUGUUUGAACGAGUUAAGUCCUUGGGUGACGAGGCAAUGCUUUUGGAACUAGGCAUCACUGUGGUCGCUAAUAACAAUGAGGGAAUCAGUAGAAACUCCAUCUAUUUCAGAGGUUGUUAUAACGAUAACACAUGUGACAUCUCUCUCUUCAAUCUCGAGACACGGAAGAUGGAGAAACUACAUAAAUUGGAUUGCUCUUCUGAUAAACUCUCGGCGAAUCGAUGGUUCUUACCAAGUUUCACGCAGGGAAUGGCGUGA